AUGGAAAAUCUUGUUUCAAGCUGGGCUAAAAACGUUGACACCCUGACUGAAAAUUAUGUAAUGCCACCUAGUAAAAGACCUAGUGAACAUGUCUCAAUUGCUAGCAGUAUCCCAGUGAUCGAUCUAGCAAAAGCAUCGUCAAGCACCAUUAAUCAUGCUGGUUUAGUCCAAGAAUUACUCAAUGCUAGUCAAGAAUUUGGUAUAUUUCAGAUUAUAAACCACGGAGUAUUUGAGAAGCUGAUGGAUGAUCUGAUGGAUUUAUUCAAGGAGUUAUUCGACAUGUCUGUCGAGGAGAAGGAGGAGUUAUGUUCAGGGGGUUCAAGUAAGACCUGCAAACUGGAGCUAGUGGAAACAUAUUCAACUGAAACAAGGAAGUUGAGUAUGAGGAUGUUGGAGCUGAUAGGUACAGGACUGGGAGUAGAAUUGGGGAAAGAGUUGUGCAAAAGCCAAGCCCUGAUGCAAGUUUAUGGACUAGAGAUUCUUAAAGAUGGUCACUGGAUUGGGGUUCAUUCUCUUCCCUAUGCAUUUGUUGUCAUCCUUGGUUACCAGCUGCAGGUAACUUGUACGUUUGUUGCUCCUCCUGGAGAUUACAUAGUGGAGCCAAUGAAGGCUCCUGUAAAUGGUGACAGCCCUGCACGUUUUUGGGCAUUCAAAUUUAAGGAGUUUCUUGAUGACUUUGUGCAAAAGGAUUCACAGAAGACACUAGAUGCAUACAAGCUUCAACCUUAA